AUGGGCCACCUUUCCUGGUAUAGUAUCGGCAUUUGCCUCGUCGUCUCAUGGGGUGGCUACGCAUACGGCUUUGGCUUCGCUUCCUUCAUCACCAGUCAGGGUCAACCGACCUUCUACACCUACUUUAGUCUCGAUCCUGCAAGUGCUUACACAGCAAAGAUACUGGGAGCAUGCAAUGCCUUAUUCAACUUCGGUUUGGCGAUGGGUGCUCUUUUUCAAGGCUGGCUAUGCGAUGCUCUUGGUCGAAAGCGGGCAUUCCUGGUCGCUGGGCUCUGCUCUUUGCUCGGAGGAGCCUUGAUUACGGGCGCCCAUGUUAUUGAGAUGCUCAUCCCCGUACGGGUUCUACACGGUUUCGGCCUGAACAUGUUGAUCUGCUUGGUGCCGCUCUACCUGACAGAGGUUGCCCCAGCAGAGAAGCGUGGCCUCCUUGCGGGCCUCAUGACGCUCAGUUUUAGCAUGGGCUAUGUCGUCUGCGGUUAUAUUGCUGUGGGUACCUUCUACGGAACCACCUACAACGUUCAGGUGAGGCUGCCAUUAGCUAUGGCAAUGGUCGGUCCCGCAGCACUUCUCUUGGGUCUUCCCUUCAUUCCAGAGUCUCCACGGUAUCUCGUUCUCAAUAACCAAGGAGCCGAAGCGCUGGAUGUACUACGAAGAAUACAUGGCGAUCCAAGCAAUCCUGACGACACAUUUGCUCAAGCUGAGUACACGCAAAUUGUCGCACAGACGGAGAAAGACCAGGAGACUACGGCCAGCUACCUGGAGAUGUUCCGAAAGCCUUCGUGGCGUAAGAGGAGUGUUCUUGCCCUCUUCAUCCAGUCCGUCAUCCCUGGCGCGUCAUCUACCAUAGCCAUGCGUUCGAGUGUCUGUACUGACCGAAGGUGUCCAUCAGAUUUGCAGCUCAAUCCACUGGGGUAUGCUCGCGUCCUAGGCUACUUGACAAGUUCAUUCGCUGACGGAGGCAACCAGAUUCUAGGCAUCGCGAACUAUCUGAUCUUGAUCUUCUCCAGUCUGGGAGUCAGCCCGGUUAUGUCCCUCGUGCUAUAUGCUGUCUAUGCCACGGUGGGCAUCUUCACUGUCCUCCUGACCAUAUUCACCGUCGACCGAAUUGGGCGUCGGACACUCUUUCUCUACGGCUUCCCCCUCGUCGCCAUCAUUCUCGUCAUCGAAGGCGUCCUUCAGUCCAAGUACUUGGGCACCGACCACCAAGCAGGUCUUGCGGCAUGUGUGCUGGUGAUAUUCGUCUACAUCGUUGUUUUCCAAGCCAUCGAUGCGCCGGCUUUCAUCUGGAUAGCGGAGAUCUUUCCGACGAACAUUCGCGGUCGUGGCAUCGGUCUGGGUUUCUUCGCAUACUUUGUGGGCGCCAUCACCUACAGCACCCCGUCAGCGCUUGCAUUCAGAAAUCUGAUGUACUUCAUUUAUGCCGGUUUGUCGGUGCUGUCGACCAUCAUCGUGUACUUCUACAUCCCGGAGACCAAGCAAAUUCCUGUCGAGGAGAUAGGGGCGUUAUUUGGCGAUGAGGUUGUCGUGCAUUUGACUGAGGCUGGGCAGAGCAUCGUCGAGGAAAAGAAUACUCUGCCGCGCGCUAGCACCACGGAGGUAGUCACAGCCUACCUGAUGAACAACGCAAGUGGCUUGUCGGCAGCCACACACAAAGAUGAUGGCACCACUUCGCACGAUGCUGCGUUCGAAAACUGGAUCGUUCUGCUCAGCGCCUGCAUGAUCGCAAUGUCACUUAUGGUGCUUGACUUCCGCUUCUAUUCCCACGCCAGGCGACUACUUUUGGUCACGGUGUGGCUAUGCCGGCGAGAAGCCUUUGGAUGCCUUCGAGGCCUUUACGAUAUGCUCAGUUGGCCAUACAACCUCAUGGCUGUGGCAUACGCCACGUUCGCUUUUCUGAGAACCGCAAGACUCGGAGGCAUAACAGCUGGAGCUGGAGAUGAACCACCUCCACGACCAUUCCUGCCACCACUAAUCUUCCCCUGCCACACGACUCACUCCAGAUUCUUCCCAGCGAGGCACUCCUUCACAUACUCGUAUCUCCAAGUGGGAAUACCCAUUGGCUGGCGUCACAGCUCUGGGUUCUUGACCUGCGACACCUCCGAAGAUCUCUUCGGGCGCAAGACUAGCGGAUGGUUCUCGGUCCACGAUGAGGAUUAUCUCGCACGAGGCACGCACCAAGAUGGCUUACGCGGGAAGCUUGACGAUUUUCUCAAGGUGCAUGGGAUUACAGCAGCAGAAUUGCCAUACGCAUACCUCGUGACAGCGCCACGAUUCCUAGGUUGGAGCUUCAAUCCUGUGUCCUUCUGGUAUUUGUACGACUCAAUGCAGAAGCUGAAGGCCAUGAUACUUGAGGUCAACAAUACCUUUGACGAGCGGCGCAUGUACUUGCUGAAGCCUGAGAAAAGCUCAGAGAACGGAAGGUUUUCGGAGACAUGGGCCAAGGACUUUCACGUCAGUCCUUUCAAUGAUCGAACCGGAAGCUACUCGGUUGUUGCAAUGGACCCAUUUGAGCGAUUCAACUGGACAAGAGACAAGCGCCCGGACGCGGUCAAUAUCGACAACAACAUCACCCUCACUUCGCUCCCACCAAAUGCUAAGCCAAAGCUGGUGGCUCGUCUCUACUCAACAUCGAAAGCUCUCGAUCCUGCGCAGAUGACAUUGUUCGAAUACGUAGUCUUCAUGUGCCAGUGGUGUUGGACCGGCUUCCUUACCAAUCCACGAAUACUGUGGGAGGCACGAAUACUUUGGGCGAAGAAGCAGCUGCAAGUCUUCUUCCGGCCUGAAGUCAAUAUCGGUAGCAUCGGAAGACAGGAGCAGAAGGAAGAGAUUGUCAUCGAGAUUUGCUUCCAACAAUGGCUGGACGAGCUAGCUCAUCGGGAGAAGUGUCUUAUUGAGUACACAUGCGCAGCUGGUGCGAAUCGCGGCAAAACCCUCACGCUGGGAGAUUCUUCCGGCCCGGUUGAUGUCUCCGUAAGCACAGAAACGGCGAAGCUGGAAGUCCUGACACCAGAGUGGUACUCUGAACUUGCACGGACGGACGACAUGCGCGAGCUUUUCCAAACACGAUGCUUUGAAUCAGUCGACGGAGAGAUGAUGCUGAGCGUCAAUAGUGCGGGCAGACGCCUCUUGGAGGCAGCAUUGUACAAGAUGUCCAGGUCGUCAGAAGACUCGGAGAAAGACUACGUCAAGGUGCCACUGGCCAGCGACCGCAGAUCUGACACAUCUCCGCAAGACGCGGUUGUCCAGAACCUCAUUGCCGCUUGCACGGGCAAGGCAGUGAAAUACAGGGGCCUGCAGGCCUGCUUCCGCCAGCUACUUGACCCACUGUUGACACCGACCCUGCUUCGUGGCUAUGACAGAGCUGCGUGGUCGAUUAUGCUUGCAGACAGACUCGCUUUCGGGUCUACUGGGCUCCUCAAGUGUUAUAUAAACAUAGCCUCCUGGGGAGCUACGUUCGUUGCAGGACACUAUCUGGCGCCGCUCGUGAAGUCAGUGCUUCUAGAGAUGACGGCGUAG